AGCCAAUAACAACAAUGGUGCGCGCGCGCCUUUUUUCCUGCCAUUUCUUAUUCGGACACCGGACGUUGCGGACGUCACUGUAAAAAACGCGAAAAAAUAUAUUAAUUAUUUGCUCUAAAUAACCAAGCCAGUGUAAUAACGUCCCAAUAGGAAAAUCGAAAAAAUCCAAUAUUUUUUAACUCUAUUAUUACGAACACUUUGUUUUCGACAGUAUUUUUUAACGAACGAAAUAUACUGUGUUAAGUAUAAGUUUAAUAUAAGUCAAAAUUAAUUGAAAAUUGACGAACCAAAAACAUUUUUUUUAUAAAUUCAAUAAAAGUACUGAAAAAGUGAUAAAAUGCACAGCGUGUUGGUGACUGAAAAUGUUGUAUAAUUUUUAUUUUGCAAAAUCAUAUUUGAGUUUGAGAAAAACACGUGCGUCCGUCAAAAAGUCCGCAGAAUACUUUUGACUUAUCUAUGAGAUAAGCUUUGGGGAAGCUUAAAGUUUUAAGUAUCACCCAUACCUUUAUAAAAGUAGCAUAUAAAAGCUAUGCUUACGUAAAAAAGUUCACGAAAGUUACGCAGCUUCAAGAAAAAUCCUAGUGCACUGAAAACUUUAUAAAACUUUAUCGACUGAUGGUGUGAUGGUUUAAAACCAAACAGUAUUUGGUGCUUUCGAAUCAUGGCAGUGUUAUGGCAUUCAGUUGUACUUAACUGUGUCUUCAUUUUGGUGUUGUACGCUGUUAUAUUUUGUGAAGCUUACAGUCCUAGAGAAUGUGGAGUACCACUACGGAGACAUACAAGACAGCCUCGGGAGAGGUCAGUGGGUCAACUUCGCAUCAUCAAAGGACGAGAGUCGAAGAGAGGUGCUUGGCCGUGGCAGGUUUCUCUUCAACUGCUGCAUCCGAACUACGGCCUGAUCGGUCACUGGUGUGGAGGAGUCCUCAUACACCCUCAAUGGCUUUUAACCACCGCACACUGCAUACAUAAUGAGCUCUUCAACUUACCAGUACCGGCUCUAUGGACGGCAGUGCUGGGCGAGUGGGAUCGAGCAGAGCAGCGAGGUGCCUAUGUGCCAAUAGAGAGGAUAGUUCUGCAUCAUCGCUUUCACAAUUAUCAGCAUGACAUAGCUCUGAUGAAGAUGAUAAGAUCCGCUGACGUGAGUCCCGGCAGCCGUAUCCGAGCUAUCUGCUUGCCUCCAUACGAACCACCUAUCAUCCACAACACAGAGAGAAGCACUUCCUUCUACAGGCGACCUGAAAGCGAAAUAAGGAGAAAACCAAGACCACCCAGACCUAACCCAAACACUGCAGUGAAAUACUUAGAAAAGCUCAAUAAUCUAACCAAAAAUGUUUUCUCAGGAAAAGGAAAUAAAUACCAUAAAAAUACUAGAUAUAAUGUAAGAGUUUCUAAUGACAAUAGAUCGACAGAACGAAAGAAUGACGAAGAAUCAAGUAGAGAAGAUAGUGAAAAGAAAAAUAGAGACGCUAUAUACGAUAGUGCUUCAUUAGAUAGCGUAGUCAAACUUAUCAAAACUAAAGUUACUAAAGACAAAUCUAUACAAGAAAGUAAUAAUUAUAAAAGAAGUGAUAAAAAACUGAUGUUUGGUGAAGAAAUCGACCCAUUUAUAGAUGAUAAUAAUGGUAUAGACUUCAAAGAUGAAUGUUAUGCGACUGGGUGGGGAAGGGAACAAACGAAUGGAACUUUGACUGAUGUUUUAUUGGAAGCGGAAGUACCGGUUCUGCCUUUGCAACUUUGCAGAGAUAGAUAUUCUUUGACUUUGCCAUUGAAUGAUGGACAUCUUUGCGCGGGGAGUACGGACGGCAGUACAGGUGCAUGCGUGGGUGAUAGUGGUGGUCCCCUUCAAUGCAGGACCGGUGGUCGCUGGGAGCUGCGAGGGUUAACGUCCUUCGGGUCCGGCUGCGCGAGGAUGGGUGUCCCGGAUGUCUACACCAAUGUGGCGCAUUAUGUCUCGUGGAUCUACGCUCAUGUUUAUGCUAGCUGAGAGUUUUGGUUGCAUAGGAAAUUGAAAGCGAAUGAUUUUAAACUUAUUUCGUGGUUUAACGACUUAUUAUAAUGUAGAUAACGGGUACAUACCACGGUUAACUUGAUGAUUUUGACCGUGGUUGACGAGACGAGAAAUAACGGCAAGUCAAAAUCAUCAAAUUAAUUGUGUCGGGGGUAUAUAUGAUGUAUCUACCUGUUGUCUACAUUAUAAAAUGAAAGUGAAUGGUCUAGACAUCAAUUUUAGUUAGAGACAUCAAAACGAUCUAGGGAAAAUCAUAAGAAAAGCUGUGUUUUUUUUUUUGUAAAAUGAGUGAGAUGAUUAUACCAGUCUGAUGUAUCUACUGCCAGAUUGAUGUGUGCUUUUAAAGAAUGUAGUACCGAAUAGGAGUUUCAGCAGUUCUUGUAAAUAAAGUG